GCUUGAAUGCCAUGGUGCGUCAAUUACCAGCACGGACACUGCGUCUUGUCCAAGUCCUACACCGACAUGGCGACCGAAGCCCGCUCCACAACGUAUUCAGAGGCGGCGAACCGUGUCUAGCGGACGCGGAAGACGCCGUCUGGAUCCCAAAGCUGCACGAGCCGCAGUCAACGACGGAUAUCUACGGGGCGCUCACGACAACUGGAGUGUAUCAAAUGGAAGGUCGCGGCCGCAAGCUGAGAGACCACUGCCGCGCACAGGGCUGGACGUUGGACGGCGACGACGUCGACAUACAUGCCCGCAGCACACAUUACGUCCGAACACAACGAAGCGUCCAAGCACUACUCUCCCAGUUCGUCCCGCAUGCACACAGCAACCUCACUCUGGAGAUCCUUCCCCCUACCUCGGAUUACAUCAAUGCGUACAAUGCAAAUGCCGACAGCAUCAUGCAGCUCAAGACACAUUUAGUAGAAGCUCAUGCAGCGCUCGCCACUCGGGAAGCGGCCAUGGCUUCCGUCCAGACCGAGUUGCGGAGAUUGCUGCCUAUGUUUUCGUCCGGGUCUGAGGCGUUUUCGUGGAUGAAGGCGGCGGAUUACUACAUCUGUCGCCAUGCACACGGCAUUCCCUUUCUCCGCCAUACAGAGGACUUGGCGGCACAGACGAUCGCCCACUUAACGUAUCGAUUCCACGAGUUUUACUCGCACGGCCCGAUACUUCGACGAGUCGCUGGGCCAUUGGUGCAGCAACUCGUUGCCGAGAUGCAAAACGUCAUGGACGGCAACACCACGUCCGCCGAACGAGUCGUCAUUUAUAGCGGCCACGACGUGUCAUUGCUGGCAUUCUUGAAUGCAUUUCACGGGGCGGCUCAGCAAUGCCGUGGCGCACCCACGGUUGUCGAGUGGCCUGAUUAUGCAGCGGCCGUCACGAUGGAGCUGUACGAAGAGCACUCCGCAAACUCGACCCCACGAUGGGUCGUGCAGGUUACGUUGGAUGGCGCAGCCCUUGGUCCCACCUCUGCUGCGGCAUCCUUCUGCCGCGACUUGCUUGACGCCGUGUCUUUGCCCUCCAUGGAUUCGUUCCCUUAGCUGGACAAGCCAUGCAGCAUUCGCAGCGACUCAUUCUCGUCGACACCACGGCUUUCCUCGUUCGGGUUGUAACGCCGAGUUCGCCUACGCUGGAUAAGUUGCGCCAUGCCGUGUGCGCUUGUUGUCCAUCCUACCAUAACACAACAAAGACGGAUUUAAAGCCAUCAACUUGCU